CUUACCAGUAGCAAAGACGCUUGAGGAAUUACUUCUCCCGAGCCUCGUAGAAGAAUUUCCAUUCGCCGAGCAUCAGCAUGAAUUUUGAAAACUGCGUAGCACAACAACUGCUUUGCAUGCCAUCACCGCACACAUAUGCCGUAGCUUCAAUCAGCCCAGGCCAUGUGAUAGGAGGGUCGUCUUGGCCCUGAACCUAUUGAAGGCAUUCAACAUGGUCUGCCAUGCCAAACUAUUUGGGGACAUUGCCAACACGCUGGGUUACGAAUUAUUUGUGUGAUCGCCAGUCAUUUGUGGAAUUUAGAGAUAAGAAGUCGAAGCACCGUAGAGUGAAACAGGGAGUUCCCCAAGGUGGGGUGAUAUCUCUGGCACUGUUUAAUCUCUACCUAUCUUACAUUCCCCACACCCCAGAUUUGUCAGAAAGCCGCUCUUCGAACUGCGACGGGCUGUCUCCUCAGUUCUCAUAUGGGCCACCUCCAUCAGGAGACAAAGAACCGUACGAAGACAACUACAUGCUAUCUAAGAAAUUCCUUUUGGGCUGUUAUCGCAGAUACCAUCUAAAUCAUCAUCUUAUGGAUAGGCAUCCACCGCUCAGAAGCCUUAAAUGGCUCCCUUAGACUAAAACUUUAUUGCUUCAUCUAAGGUGUUUUCAUUGCCCAAUCAAUAACCUUUUCAGGGUCACAGCUCUUAAUGCCAACUUGUUUAUCCACCAUAAAGGGUAUUAACUGCUUUGCUGUUCCCCUUUUGAGCUUUUGCAACACUAGACAAACAUGCCAAUUUAACUAUUUUUCGCACGCCAUUCAAAAAUUUGCCAUCGAUAUGUUGUUUACAAAACGGCCAAUGCGUUUUCCAUCCUUCCACAGAGAGCUUUAAAAUUGGAAAUCUUAAUGGCCAUACACUCAGAAGUAAUUGAGAUUUAUUCGUGCAUAGUUCGAAUAGUGAAAAUGGAAAUAUCUCCUGCUUCGAGAAUAAUUUAUGUCGUUAGUAAAGUCUUGGGAUUGGCACCAUUUUCGGUGAAGAAAAAUGAUAAAGGAGUUUAUGUGGUUCAUAAGAGCAUAACUUUUGUGGUAUAUGCUACAACAUUGACAUCGAUUAUGGUUUUUCUGACAUAUCGUGGUCUCCUAUUCGAUGCACAUUCAAAAAUCCCGCUAAGACAAUCCUUUCGCUCCAAAUCUGUAACCUCAAAAGCCGUCACCACCUUAGAUGUCUCCGUCAUAGUAAUGGCCGUUACCGCUGGUGUGCUCUGUGGAGUUAUGGGCUAUAAUCCUACCAAGGAGUUAAAUAAUCGCCUGCAAAAGGUGGAUGCAUCUGUAGAAGGAUACAAAAAACGAGAAACAUUGAAGUCUGUUAUUCUACUUUGUCUGCCCAUGAUGGCCAUAAGUAUUUUGAUGUUUUUCGAUGUUUGGACUUGGUUUAGUUUCGCUCAAAAGGAAAAUCCAGCAGGUGAAAAUACUGAUCUUAAUGCUCUCUGGUAUAUACCCUUCUAUGGCUUGUAUUAUAUUCUAACCUGUCUACAUGUCAGUUUUGCCAAUACGGCCUUGGGCCUGGGACGACGAUUUAAAAACUUAAAUGUCACAUUGAAAAUGUCCUUUUUGAAGGAGACCAAAAUACAAAAUGUGGCCAGAAUUACACCGGUUAUACCCAUUAAGAACAAUGAGCCAGCAUUACAAGUGAGUUUUACAAAAUUGGCAACAGCAACCCAGGGCGCAACAGAUAAGAAUAAGUCUGGUUUAUUAAAGCUUCUAGCAGAAUGUCAUGAUUCUUUGGGCAAAUGUGUUGAGCUAGUCUCCAGCUCCUAUGGCAUGGCUGUCUUGUUUAUACUACUCUCCUGCUUUCUACAUCUGGUGGCCACCUCAUACUUCCUUUUCAUGGAGCUGUUAAGCAAGAAAACCAGCGGUUUCAUGUGGCUACAGAUUCUAUGGAUAACAUUUCAUGCAUCACGUUUGUUAAUGGUAGUGGAACCCUGUCAUCGUAUAAGUGCAGAAUCAAGUCGAACUAUACACAUAAUUUGUGAAAUUGAGAGAUCUGUACAUGAUUCGAUAUUGGCUGAAGAGGUAAAAAAAUUCUGGCAACAACAACUGGUUUUUAAAGACCGAUUUUCUGCCUGUGGGUUGGUUAUGGUGGAUCGUAGUCUCCUAACAUCGAUUUUUUCUGCUAUAGCAACAUAUUUGGUCAUUAUUAUACAAUUCCAGAAAAGUGAUGGAUAAAGUUAAAAGGCAAUGUGCAAUUCAAACA